GCCAACGCACAGGAGCUCUUGCAGCGGAUGACGGACAAGUGCUUUCGGAAGUGCAUCGGGAAGCCAGGCGGCGCCCUGGACAACUCCGAGCAGAAGUGCAUCGCCAUGUGCAUGGACCGGUACAUGGACUCCUGGAACACAGUUUCGCGAGCCUACAAUUCUCGUCUGCAGCGGGAGAGAGCCAAUAUGUGACGCCAGCCAGCCUCCAGGCCGAGAAGGGACCAUGUGGGGAAGGGACGAGCGGCCAGUCCAGGUGGUUAGGGGUGAAUCCUGCAGCCUUCUCAGCCCCUGCUGUGGCAGAGCAAUAAAACCUCGCUGAACCUUUUGCA